CUCCUCCUCCUCUCGUGUCCUGGCUGUCUCAGAGUUGUUCAGACGUGAGGGAGGAAUGGCGGCUCCUCGGAGUUUCUUCAUCUCUCUCUCCGGUCUAUUCCUGGUUUUAUGCUCCUGUUGUGGAUCUACGACCCCAGGCAGCAGAAGAGCAAACCAGGAGCGAUGCGGUUUUAAGGUGCAGUCUGGUGCAGAUGGAAGUCGGAGGUCGGCAGUCAUCUUCAGAGCUGACAACUGCUCAUUAAACUACCCGCUGGGGAAACAUGUGAUCCAUGAGGUCACCAACGUCUCCUUCAGCCAUCUGGCCUGUGAGGACCAGGCCGCCGUGGUCGUCCACUGGUCCGCCAGUCCACUAGGGAUCGAACACAUUAAAGGGUUCCGAGUUUAUCUGGAGGACAAGAACCCCGAAGGAAAGCAGUGUCAGCAUCUCAUCCUCAAAGACCCUCGGCAGCUCAACUGCUCGCACAAGAACACGAAGCUGAGCAGUCAGCCAUUCAGCGGCUUGACCUUUGACACCGACUACAUGGUUCGCGUUGUUCCCUUCCCGACUCUGAUGAACGAGAGCUUCUUUCCUCCAUCCUUCCUCCGCACCAACUCGUGUGAAGUCCUCCUAGGAUCAGACAACCAGGUUUGCAGACCAUGUAAGUUCCUCGGGGUCUUCGUCAUAACCAGAGCCACAUGUAGAGAGAGUCAGUCCAGGUUCUUUCACUACUUUUCCUCUUUUCUACGUCAGCUGAGAGACGACAGUAACAUGACCAGGAGGCAAACUCAGUACCAUGUCAGCCAGGUCCACUCCCCAUGGGCGGGGCCUAUUCGUGCCAUGGCCAUCACAGUUCCUCUGGUCAUCAUGUCUGCCUUCGCCACUCUCUUCACUGUCAUGUGUCGCAAGAAACAACAAGAAAACAUCUACAGCCAGCUGGACGAGGAGAGCAGCGAGUCGUCCAAUCACAGUGCAGCGUUGAACACGGAGCGGCCGUGGCCUCGCCCCAAGGUCUUCAUCUGCUACUCCAACAGAGACUGUCCCAAACACACCGGCGUCAUCCAGAGCUUUGCCUACUUCCUGCAGGACUUCUGCAGCUGUGAGGUCGUGUUGGACCUCUGGGAACACCUGGAGAUGUGCAGAGAGGGUCAGAUGUCGUGGCUCAGCAGACAGCUGGACGAAGCCGACUUCAUCAUCACCGUCUGUUCUAGAGGCCUACGCUACUACGUAGAGAAGAAGAGCCGCAGGGGGAAGACACCGGUCAGUCGGCGUAGUAACAACAGCAGCAGCAGCUCUCCGAUUGGUGGAUCGGGCGGGGACCUGUUCAUUGUGGGCGUGGCCAUGGUCGCUGAGAAGCUGCGGCUGGCGAAGCAGAGCGAGGGGGGCGGAGCUCAGGAUCUGAACCGCUACAUGACGGUUUACUUCGACUAUUCCACAGAAAGUGACAUCCCCACCAUGUUGAGUCUGGCUCCCAGGUUUAAGUUGAUGGACCAGUUGCCUCAGCUCUUCAGUCGGCUCCAUUCCAGUCACUCCAAUCUAUCUGAUCGUGACUCGCAGCCUCUCAAUGUCUCCCGGAGGAACUACUUCAGGAGCAAGUCCGGACGCUCGCUCUACGUUUCCAUCUGCAACAUGCACCAGCACAUCAGCCAGAACGCAGACUGGUUUGAGAAGCAGCUGGCUCCUUCAGGAGGUUCCUCGUCCUCUUCCUCCAAACAUCCUCCUGUCCCUGCUGUCCCGGCUCCGAGUCCUCCUCCAAAGCCUCCCUGCCCCUCCUCCUCGUCCCUACCGGAUCAGAGGUUUGACUCGGGCCUGGUGCUGAACGAGGUGUUGGUGAAUACGCCGUCCCAGGAGGGCGGUGAGGGAGCAUCGAGGAGGAACAUGCUCCUGCUGGCCUCUGGCUCCAGUCCCAGCCUUAACCGAGGCCCCAGCCCCAGUCCUAGUCCCAGUCCUGGUCCCUGUCCCAGUCCAGGCCUGCCGCACUGCUCUCUGGCCACGCUGGGACCCACUUCAAGGUCCACUUCUGGAAUAUCUGGACUGUUAGCUGAAGAAUCUUCCUCGUCCUCGUCCUCCUCGUCCUCCGCUCCCUCCAUUCUCCAGGAUGGGGUGUGCCCUGUCCACGCCCAUGAAGAAGAAGAAGAAGAAGGGCAUCAUUCCCCUCCAGAGCUCCCGCCCCCUCGUGAUUCGGGCAUCUAUGACUCGUCCGUCCCUUCCUCAGAGCUCUCCAUUCCCCUAAUGGAGGGUCUGUCACAUGACCAGGCUGACUCCUCCUCCCUGGCAGACAGCGAAUCAUCUUCUUCGGGGCUGGGUGACGAGGAGCCGCCGGCGGUCACGUUGCUCCGCUGCAGCGCCGCCACGGUUUGUAAAGCUGAGCUGCACCACCAGCACCACCAGCACCACCAGCACCACCACCACCACCAUCACCUGGAGCACAGCGACGCGCUCGCACCCGUGGCCUCGCUGUAGGGGACGCCUCCGGGCCAGGGAUGUCGUCACAGGGCUGGAAAGGUUUUUUGGCCUCGGACUCGAAUCC